AUGAAUAAAAAGUUGAGCGCUCGAACAAGAGCACUUGUAAGUGCUUGCCUUAAGAAUAGCUCAGAUGAUGAAGAUGAAAACCACAGUGGUGUAGAUAUUAUUGAGAAUUCUCCACAUAGUAGUCCUCCCAAGAAGUUAAAAACGGCUUUGCCUUAUGCCGAUACCAAUCGCCUUAGUGAACAUGAAGUUCCGACUCAUGAAGUCAGUUGCGAGAAGAGUGUCGAACUGCUUUUUUCUGGCAUGGGGUGCUCGAGGUAUUUUAACAUUAGAUCUCAUGAAGAUGUUGAAGAAAAAAGUAUAGAGCCUCCACCCUAUUCUCCUUUAACACCUAGACCACUUAGCAAUCACAAUGUAAUAAUGCAUGAAAAACAAUCCACUAACACCUCUCCUUACAUUGACCAGUAUAUAAAACCUUCUGAACCUCAUGUUAUGCUUUAUGAAACCAUUGCUGAUAAAAGGAUCACAUCUGUGUCUCGUCCCAUAAGUCCAAGGCCCAAUCAAAGCACCCUCACCGAUCCUCCGUCAUCACCUGUGCGUUCAAUGUCACCCGAGACUGCAAAUAUAUUUGAUAUUUUAACGAAAGACUUUGAAAAUGACUGCGGAGCUUCCGAAAAUAUGUUUAAUAUUAAUGAUAACAAUCCAAUAGUUUCACCGGCAUCUUCCAAUAGAACUGAAGUGAUAUUUGAUGACGACGACUCAGUACAGGACCCGGAUUUUGUUGGGGAAAGUUAUAGUGGCGGCAGUGAUAACAGUUCAGGAGUAUCAGAAUCACUGAUUACCUCUAUACCAGACUCAUUUUUUGAAACUAAUACUGAUGAGACUGAAACUCAAAGUUCCAGCCGUUCUAAUCAAAUCUUGCACGAGAACAUUUCUGAAGCUACUAGAUCUCCUUCAGGUAGGCCAAAAAGGGGUAGAAAGAGAAAGUAUGGUGAUCACACAAGAGAAGAAAGGAAGAAGAGAAAGUACCAAAAUCUGCCCUAUGUUAACUCUAGGAAACAAAAAAUUGAACCAAAGCCAUUUUUAGAUUAUAACUGUAACUGUCCAAAAAAAUGUCAAGAGAAGAUUUCGAGGGAGAACAGAUUAUCUGAAUUCCAAAAAUUCUAUGCUUUAGGCACUUAUGCAGCACAAAAUAUGUUUAUUGCAGCUUGUGUGAAGGAAAUCCCAAUAAAACGUUCAUACGUUUCUGCUUCUAGUAAUAAUUCAAAGAAAAAGACCUUUACUCGAAUAUAUCAUCUAAAUAAUGUACUUGUUUGCAAGAAAAUGUUUUUAAACACUCUUCAGACAACAUCCAAAAGGGUAAAUACUUCUCUGUGCAAAAAACGCAAUGAUUGCAUAACAGAUAAACGAGGUUCCCAAGGAGGACACAAUAAAGCGACUUAUGAAAGCGAAGAGUUUAUCGUAAAUGUCAUUCGAAAACUGCCUACAUACGUUUCCCACUAUCGGCGAGCAAAUUGUAGCGAUGCAAAAUUUUUGAGGUCUGAUAUGACUCUUCCUACAAUUUAUAAGUUAUACGAAGACGAAGCAAAAUUGGCUGGGCAAAAGGUCCUCUCUUUUUCAAAAGUUAAACGCGUGUUCCUUACGAAGUUCAAUCUUCGCACAAAACCUUUAAAAAAGGAUACAUGUAACAAAUGCGACUACUUUUCUAACAAAAAAUUAAAAGGCUCGGAAGAAGAAAAGGCUAUGCUGGAUAGUGCUCACAGGGAACACUUGCAAAAAGCAAAAGCACUGCAACAGCAACUAAAAAAUGAUAUGCAAUUAGCUAAAGAAGAUCGAUUCACCGAAACAAUAACAUUCGACCUGCAAAAAACCCUACCCCUUCCGCGUAUACCAACUAAUAUUGUAUUCUACAAAAGGCAGCUAUGGGUGUACAAUUUAGGAAUCCACUCAGGAAGCGAUGACCAGGCCCAUUGUAAUGUUUGGGUGGAAGGUGAAGCGGGAAGGGGAUCUCAAGAAGUAGGCUCCUGCUUAUAUAAGCAUAUAAUGGGUAGGCUUGGCGAUAGCGGCGUAAAAAACUUAAUACUUUGGAGUGACUCUUGCGGAGGUCAAAACCGAAAUAUUAAACUAACGUUGAUGCUAAAAGCUUUAUUAAACGAUCACCCAACACUCGAAACAAUCAGGCUACGCUUUUUAGAAUCCGGUCACAGUUUCCUGCCGAACGAUACUGAUUUUGGCCGAAUAGAAUGUGCUUUAAAAUUACAACAAAGAUUGUAUACGCCAGAGGACUAUAUGCAAAUAAUGCAGGUAUGCAAGAAAAAUAAACCGAUGCAAGUUCAGAGAAUGAACACGGAAGAUUUUUUGUCCAGUGCUAACCUAGAAAAGAAAAUAACAAACAGGAAGAAAGCUACUGAUGGCUCUAAAGUGUCUUGGCUUAAUACAAAAGAAAUAAUGCUCAAAAAGGAAGAUGCGUUUUCGAUUUUUAUGCGAUCAAACCUGGAUGAUGAACAUAUAGAAGUAAAUAUAAAGAAAAGUUUACGAGGGAAUACGGGGCUAUUAACGAAAGAAGUAAUGGAUCCGCUUUGGCCUAAUGGGAAACCUAUUCCCGAAGCAAAGCUGAAUGACCUAAAAAGUUUGCUGCAUCUUAUACCAGAUGAUGCUCAAGAAUAUUAUAAAAAAUUAACUGGAAAUUCAACAGUUCAAGACGACAUAGAUGGGUUUUCUGGUACUGUUGAUUUUGAAGUAGAAGUUGAAGAUGCUGCUUAG